UUCACCGUAUCCCUGUUCGUCUGGGUGCAGCCAGUGCAGCAGGAUGCCGGAGCCUUCCCGCUCCACUCCCGCCCCGAAGAAAGGCUCCAAGAAAGCCAUCACCAAGGCACAGAAAAAGGAUGGCAAGAAACGCAAACGGGGCCGCAAGGAGAGCUACUCCAUCUACGUGUACAAGGUGCUGAAGCAGGUGCAUCCGGACACCGGCAUCUCGUCCAAGGCCAUGGGCAUCAUGAACUCCUUCGUCAACGACAUCUUCGAGCGCAUCGCCAGCGAGGCCUCCCGCCUGGCGCAUUACAACAAGCGCUCGACCAUCACGUCCCGCGAGGUGCAGACGGCCGUGCGCCUGCUGCUGCCGGGGGAGCUGGCCAAGCAUGCUGUGUCCGAGGGCACCAAGGCAGUCACCAAGUACACCAGCUCCAAGUGAGGCGCGGCGAGAGCGCCCCCAACCCAAAGGCUCUUUUCAGAGCCACCCUUCCAAGCUCAAAAAAGGAGCGUUGCUACCUGACUAAGA